UCAUCCAUUAAUCCAGACAUGGGACAUCUGGAGUUAAUACUAGUAUUAACAUGGAUAACAGGUUGCUUUACCAUAGACAACAACGCAAAUAGAUUUGACGUUAGAGAGAGAGAUGCAGUGUUGGCCUCCUGUGAUUUCAACCAAAAUGAAGAACCGUUCUGCAAUUUCCAACAAGACACCGCAGAUAACGGUGACUGGACACGUCACACUGGACCCACCCCAACCCCAGGCACUGGGCCUGAUGGAGACUAUCCAGAUGGAACUGGCUAUUACAUAUAUCAUGAGGCUGACAACUCUGUAAAUGGACAGAGAGUUCGCCUUCUCAGCCCAGUUAUUAGUAGUGGAACUUCUGAGAUCUGUGUACAGUUCUACUACUACAUGUAUGGCUCUGAGAGCAGUAACACCCUGACUGUGUUUGCCAAACGCCCCGGCUCUGAGGAACAAAUGUGGCAAAAAACUGGGAUUCAGAGUCCAUCAUGGCUUGGAGCCUCUGUCACUGUGCCCAUACCAGCUGAACAGACUGCUCAGAUUGUGUUUCAAGCAAUGCGUGGGUUCUCUGCAUCAUGUGACACUGCCUUGGAUAACAUUGUCAUCACAGAGGGAGCCUGUGCUGGCUGUAUAGCUGGGUGUGAUUUUGAUGAUAAUGAUCAAUGUGGCUGGAGGAAUAUAGUACCUAAUGACGAAAUCUUUGGUUGGGAGCCUUGGACUGGACAAACAGAUACACCAGGCACUGGCCCUGAGGAUGACUUUUCCAAACCAGGAUUGGGGUCAUAUAUGUUAAUGGACUCCAAAUUUAGCAUCGAAGGAGAAUCUGGUCAGUUCUGGAGCCCCUCAAUCUCAGCCUCUGGUUGUCUACAGCUGGACUUCCAUUACUACAUGUAUGGUAGUGCUGCCAACAUGGAGCUAAAUGUCCAUGCAGUCACCACCGGUGGAGCACUUGGGGCCCCUAUUUUCAGCAUCAAAGGAAAUCAAGGUCAAGGCUGGAAGCUUGCAAGCAUUCGCUACAUUGGUUCAGCUGAUUCAGUGGAGUUCGUAAUUGUUGGUGUUUUUGGUGAAACAGAUAAAACUGAUAUUGCAAUUGAUAGUGUCUGCAUUACCACUUGUACAGCAACUCCAACAACACCUAAGCCAUCUUCACCCCAACCCACUACACCUAAACCAUCUACACCCCAACCCACUACACCCAAACCAACGACACCAGGCCCAUCAUCACCUAACCCAUCUACACCCCAACCCACGACUCCGGGCCCAUCAUCUCCUAAUCCAUCUACACCCCAACCCACUACACCCAAACCAACGACACCUGGCCCUUCAACACCUAACCCAUCUACACCCCAACCCACUACACCCAAACCAACGACACCGGGUCCAUCAUCUCCUAAUCCAUCUACACCCCAACCUACUACACCCAAACCAACGACACAGGGUCCAUCAUCUCCUAAUCCAUCUACACCCCAACCUACUACACCCAAACCAACGACACCGGCUCCAUCAUCCCCUAAUCCAUCUACACCCCAGCCUACUACACCCAAACCAACAACACCAGGUCCAUCAACUCCUAAACCAACAACACCUAAGCCAACUACUCCAGGACCAACACCACCAGUGAACUGCCCUCCAGACUCUGAGUACAUUGAUUGCGGCCCAGCCUGUAUUCCUUCCUGUGCAGAACCCUCUACUAACUGCUCUGGUUCUUGCAUCAGCGGCUGUUUCUGUAAACCAGGGUUUGUUUUCCGUGGGCGCCGCUGUGUUCCUAUUGAGCAGUGUGGAUGUCUGGAUGAAGAAAACAAUUACUUUGAGCCUGGAGAGAUAAUUUUUGGAGAUGGCUGUUCCAAACUGUGUCGCUGUGCUGGUAACUACACCUUUGACUGCGUAGACAACUCCUGUGACCCUGUGACAGAAGAAUGUCGGGAGGUUGGUGGAGUGCACGGCUGCUACCCUAAAGGAACCUCCACCUGUAUUGCCUCUGGUGACCCCCAUUAUAACACCUUUGAUAACCGGCGCUAUGACUUCAUGGGAAACUGUUCUUACCUGAUGUCCGAGCCUUGUAACAGCACAGAUGUGCCUCACUUCGCCAUAUACACAGACAACGAGAAUCGCUACAACAAUCCUCAUAUCAGCUAUGUAAAAGCAGUUCAUGUCCAUGCGCUUGGAGUCGUAGUGUCCAUUCUGAAAGGAGGAACUGUUCAAGUUGAUGGAACAAAUGUGAACAUUCCCGUCAGUCCUGUCAGUGGCGUUGACAUUUUUAUGUCUGGCAAGCACUACACGGUGGCCUUGAGCUUUGGGGUAACCGUACGUUAUGAUGGAAAUCACUAUAUGGACAUUAAAGUUAUCAAGGACUACGAGGAUAAACUCUGUGGACUGUGUGGAGACUACAACGGAGACCCUCAGAAUGACUUCCAGACCCCAACUGGUGAACUUGUCCAAAGCCCCAAUGACUUUGGCCACAGCUGGAACACAGACCCUGAGUGUAACAAGCCAGAUGUUGGCCUCCCAGGGUGUACAGAUGAUGAGCAGGAUCUGUAUGAAGGGCCUGCUUACUGUGGUAUCAUACUGGACAGCAAUGGUCCAUUUGCUGCUUGCCACCCAAAAGUCAACCCCAAUGGUUUCUUCCAAGACUGUCUGUUUGACGUUUGUGAGCUGGAUGGUGCUCAUUCUGCUUUGUGUGAAGCAAUAGAGUCAUACGUCAAUGAAUGUCAGGACCGCGGAGUCACAAUUGGACCCUGGAGAAACAGCACCUUCUGUCCUCUGAAAUGCCCACCCAACAGUCACUUUGAAUCAUGCGCACCAGUUUGCCAGCCUUCCUGCACUCCAUUUCCACCAAGUCAGUGCAGUGGGCCUUGUUCUGAAGGAUGUGUUUGUGACCCUGGAUAUAUCCUCAGCGCUGGCCAGUGUGUGAAAGAAGAAACAUGUGGCUGCAGCUAUAAUGGAAAUUAUUACAAGCCAGGUGAAGAGUUCUACACUAAAGACUGUGAGCUGCUGUGUAAGUGCGAGCCCCCAUUUGCCACCUGUAAAGCUGCUGACUGCCCACCAAUGGAACAAUGUGGAAUACAGGGUGGUAUAAUUGGGUGUUACCCACAAGAAUCUCAAGACUGUAUUAUCUCUGGUGAUCCUCAUUAUAACACCUUUGAUGGCAAAUACUACACAUACAUGGGCACUUGCACCUACACUCUGGCCCGCACCUGCCAAAACAACACUGGCCCUUGGUUCUCCAUAGAGGGUAAGAAUGAAGAAAGAGGAAUUUCUGGUGUUUCCUACCUGAGGAAACUAUAUGUAACUGUUGAUGGCAUCACUGUGACACUGAUGAAAGACAGAACUCUGGUGAAUGGACUCAGGGUGUCUCUUCCUCACUCCCCAUCUCCACUCAUUUCGCUGUCUAUUGCUGGACAGUAUGUUAUUCUCACAACUCCAUUUGGCCUGAAGGUGCAGUGGGAUGGCAACCAUUACGCCAAGAUCUCAGUUCCUAGUUCCUACUAUGACCAGAUGUGUGGCCUGUGCGGGGACUAUGAUGGAAACCCCAAUAAUGAUUUCACUAAGCCAGAUGGCUCCCAAACCGACAGCUCAAAUCAGUUUGGUGACAGCUGGCAAACUGAUGAGGAUGAGGAUGCAACGUGCAAGCCGGACCCCGGGCCUCAACCACCCUGCGAUCCUGUACUGGAGGGUGUGGUGUCAAACCCAGAGAACUGUGGGAGAAUAACUGACACAAACGGAGCAUUUAGGGACUGCAUAAAUGUGGUGGACCCGUUGCCUUUCUUCCAGAGCUGUGUGUUUGAUAUGUGCCGUUACCAGGGACUGCAGCAUGUUCUUUGUGACCAGCUUCAGGCUUACACUGAUGCUUGUCUGAGUGCAGGUGCUCCUGUCCAUCAGUGGAGGGAGCCAGAUUUCUGCCCUCUGGAAUGUCCUCCAAACAGCCAUUACUCCAUAUGUGUGAGCUCCUGUCCAGAGACAUGUCUGGGUAUCAAUGGACCCCCGGGCUGCAGUGAGAAGUGUGUUGAAGGCUGUGAGUGCGACCCUGGCUUCAUCCUCAGUGACAACAAAUGUGUGCCUCUUAAAGACUGCGGCUGUGUGGACUCCUCAGGCUCCUACCAUCCAGUAAAUGAGAGCUGGCAUUUGGAGGGCUGUACACAGAAGUGUACAUGUGAGGGGGGAGGAUAUAUUCACUGUUACGACACCAGCUGUCUUCCUACUGAGAGUUGCCAACUUCAAGAUGGAGACUACGUCUGCAUACCAAAUGUUUAUCCAUCUACACCCCAACCCACUACACCUAGACCAACGACACCAGGUCCAUCAUCCCCUAAUCCAUCUACACCCCAGCCUACUACACCCAAACCAACAACACCAGGUCCAUCAACUCCUAAACCAACAACACCUAAGCCAACUACUCCAGGACCAACACCACCAGUGAACUGCCCUCCAGACUCUGAGUACAUUGAUUGCGGCCCAGCCUGUAUUCCUUCCUGCGCAGAACCCUCUACUAACUGCUCUGGUUCUUGCAUCAGCGGCUGUUUCUGUAAACCCGGAUUUGUUUUCCGUGGGCGCCGCUGUGUUCCUAUUGAGCAGUGUGGAUGUCUGGAUGAAGAAAACAAUUACUUUGAGCCCGGAGAGAUCAUUUUUGGAGAUGGCUGUUCCAAACUGUGUCGCUGUGCUGGUAACUACACCUUUGACUGCGUAGACAACUCCUGUGACCCUGUGACAGAAGAAUGUCGGGAGGUUGGUGGAGUGCACGGCUGCUACCCUAAAGGAACCUCCACCUGUAUUGCCUCUGGUGACCCCCAUUAUAACACCUUUGAUAACCGGCGCUAUGACUUCAUGGGAAACUGUUCUUACCUGAUGUCCGAGCCUUGUAACAGCACAGAUGUGCCUCACUUCGCCGUAUACACAGACAACGAGAAUCGCUACAACAAUCCUCAUAUCAGCUAUGUAAAAGCAGUUCAUGUCCAUGCGCUUGGAGUCGUAGUGUCCAUUCUGAAAGGAGGAACUGUUCAAGUUGAUGGAACAAAUGUGAACAUUCCCGUCAGUCCUGUCAGUGGCGUUGACAUUUUUAUGUCUGGCAAGCACUACACGGUGGCCUUGAGCUUUGGGGUAACCGUACGUUAUGAUGGAAAUCACUAUAUGGACAUUAAAGUUAUCAAGGACUAUGAGGAUAAACUCUGUGGACUGUGUGGAGACUACAACGGAGACCCUCAGAAUGACUUCCAGACCCCAACUGGUGAACUUGUCCAAAGCCCCAAUGACUUCGGCCACAGCUGGAACACAGACCCUGAGUGUAACAAGCCAGAUGUUGGCCCAUCCCCAGGGUGUACAGAUGAUGAGCAGGAUCUGUAUGAAGGGCCUGCUUACUGUGGUAUCAUACUGGACAGCAAUGGUCCAUUUGCUGCUUGCCACCCAAAAGUCAACCCCAAUGGUUUCUUCCAAGACUGUCUGUUUGACGUUUGUGAGCUGGAUGGAGCUCAUUCUGCUUUGUGUGAAGCAAUAGAGUCAUACGUCAAUGAAUGUCAGGACCGUGGAGUCACAAUUGGACCCUGGAGAAACAGCACCUUCUGUCCUCUGAAAUGCCCACCCAACAGUCACUUUGAAUCAUGCGCAUCAGUUUGCCAGCCUUCCUGCACUCCAUUUCCACCAAGUCAGUGCAGUGGGCCUUGUUCUGAAGGAUGUGUUUGUGACCCUGGAUAUAUCCUCAGUGCUGGCCAGUGUGUGAAAGAAGAAACAUGUGGCUGCAGCUAUAAUGGAAAUUAUUACAAGCCAGGUGAAGAGUUCUACACUAAAGACUGUGAGCUGCUGUGUAAGUGCGAGCCCCCAUUUGCCACCUGUAAAGCUGCUGACUGCCCACCAAUGGAACAAUGUGGAAUACAGGGUGGUAUAAUUGGGUGUUACCCACAAGAAUCUCAAGACUGUAUUAUCUCUGGUGAUCCUCAUUAUAACACCUUUGAUGGCAAAUACUACACAUACAUGGGCACUUGCACCUACACUCUGGCCCGCACCUGCCAAAACAACACUGGCCCUUGGUUCUCCAUAGAGGGUAAGAAUGAAGAAAGAGGAAUUUCUGGUGUUUCCUACCUGAGGAAACUAUAUGUAACUGUUGAUGGCAUCACUGUGACACUGAUGAAAGACAGAACUCUGGUGAAUGGACUCAGGGUGUCUCUUCCUCACUCCCCAUCUCCACUCAUUUCGCUGUCUAUUGCUGGACAGUAUGUUAUUCUCACAACUCCAUUUGGCCUGAAGGUGCAGUGGGAUGGCAACCAUUACGCCAAGAUCUCAGUUCCUAGUUCCUACUAUGACCAGAUGUGUGGCCUGUGCGGGGACUAUGAUGGAAACCCCAAUAAUGAUUUCACUAAGCCAGAUGGCUCCCAAACCGACAGCUCAAAUCAGUUUGGUGACAGCUGGCAAACUGAUGAGGAUGAGGAUGCAACGUGCAAGCCGGACCCCGGGCCUCAACCACCCUGCGAUCCUGUGCUGGAGGGUGUGGUGUCAAACCCAGAGAACUGCGGGAGAAUAACUGACACAAACGGAGCAUUUAGGGACUGCAUAAAUGUGGUGGACCCGUUGCCUUUCUUCCAGAGCUGUGUGUUUGAUAUGUGCCGUUACCAGGGACUGCAGCAUGUCCUUUGUGACCAGCUUCAGGCUUACACUGAUGCUUGUCUGAGUGCAGGUGCUCCUGUCCAUCAGUGGAGGGAGCCAGAUUUCUGCCCUCUGGAAUGUCCUCCAAACAGCCAUUACUCCAUAUGUGUGAGCUCCUGUCCAGAGACAUGUCUGGGUAUCAAUGGACCCCCGGGCUGCAGUGAGAAGUGUGUUGAAGGCUGUGAGUGCGACCCUGGCUUCAUCCUCAGUGACAACAAAUGUGUGCCUCUUAAAGACUGCGGCUGUGUGGACUCCUCAGGCUCCUACCAUCCAGUAAAUGAGAGCUGGCAUUUGGAGGGAUGUACACAGAAGUGUACAUGUGAGGGGGGAGGAUAUAUUCACUGUUACGACACCAGCUGUCUUCCUACUGAGAGUUGCCAACUUCAAGAUGGAGACUACGUCUGCAUACCAAAUGUUUAUCCAUCUACACCCCAACCCACUACACCUAGACCAACAACACCAGGUCCAUCAUCCCCUAAUCCAUCUACACCCCAGCCUACUACACCCAAACCAACAACACCAGGUCCAUCAACUCCUAAACCAACAACACCUAAGCCAACUACUCCAGGACCAACACCACCAGUGAACUGCCCUCCAGACUCUGAGUACAUUGAUUGCCCAGCCUGUAUUCCUUCCUGCGCAGAACCCUCUACUAACUGCUCUGGUUCUUGCAUCAGCGGCUGUUUCUGUAAACCCGGAUUUGUUUUCCGUGGGCGCCGCUGUGUUCCUAUUGAGCAGUGUGGAUGUCUGGAUGAAGAAAACAAUUACUUUGAGCCCGGAGAGAUCAUUUUUGGAGAUGGCUGUUCCAAACUGUGUCGCUGUGCUGGUAACUACACCUUUGACUGCGUAGACAACUCCUGUGACCCUGUGACAGAAGAAUGUCGGGAGGUUGGUGGAGUGCACGGCUGCUACCCUAAAGGAACCUCCACCUGUAUUGCCUCUGGUGACCCCCAUUAUAACACCUUUGAUAACCGGCGCUAUGACUUCAUGGGAAACUGUUCUUACCUGAUGUCCGAGCCUUGUAACAGCACAGAUGUGCCUCACUUCGCCGUAUACACAGACAACGAGAAUCGCUACAACAAUCCUCAUAUCAGCUAUGUAAAAGCAGUUCAUGUCCAUGCGCUUGGAGUCGUAGUGUCCAUUCUGAAAGGAGGAACUGUUCAAGUUGAUGGAACAAAUGUGAACAUUCCCGUCAGUCCUGUCAGUGGCGUUGACAUUUUUAUGUCUGGCAAGCACUACACGGUGGCCUUGAGCUUUGGGGUAACCGUACGUUAUGAUGGAAAUCACUAUAUGGACAUUAAAGUUAUCAAGGACUACGAGGAUAAACUCUGUGGACUGUGUGGAGACUACAACGGAGACCCUCAGAAUGACUUCCAGACCCCAACUGGUGAACUUGUCCAAAGCCCCAAUGACUUUGGCCACAGCUGGAACACAGACCCUGAGUGUAACAAGCCAGAUGUUGGCCCAUCCCCAGGGUGUACAGAUGAUGAGCAGGAUCUGUAUGAAGGGCCUGCUUACUGUGGUAUCAUACUGGACAGCAAUGGUCCAUUUGCUGCUUGCCACCCAAAAGUCAACCCCAAUGGUUUCUUCCAAGACUGUCUGUUUGACGUUUGUGAGCUGGAUGGUGCUCAUUCUGCUUUGUGUGAAGCAAUAGAGUCAUACGUCAAUGAAUGUCAGGACCGCGGAGUCACAAUUGGACCCUGGAGAAACAGCACCUUCUGUCCUCUGAAAUGCCCACCCAACAGUCACUUUGAAUCAUGCGCACCAGUUUGCCAGCCUUCCUGCACUCCAUUUCCACCAAGUCAGUGCAGUGGGCCUUGUUCUGAAGGAUGUGUUUGUGACCCUGGAUAUAUCCUCAGUGCUGGCCAGUGUGUGAAAGAAGAAACAUGUGGCUGCAGCUAUAAUGGAAAUUAUUACAAGCCAGGUGAAGAGUUCUACACUAAAGACUGUGAGCUGCUGUGUAAGUGCGAGCCCCCAUUUGCCACCUGUAAAGCUGCUGACUGCCCACCAAUGGAACAAUGUGGAAUACAGGGUGGUAUAAUUGGGUGUUACCCACAAGAAUCUCAAGACUGUAUUAUCUCUGGUGAUCCUCAUUAUAACACCUUUGAUGGCAAAUACUACAGCUUCAUGGGGACUUGCACCUACACUCUGGCCCGGACCUGCCAAAACAACACUGGCCCGUGGUUCUCAAUAGAGGCUAAGAAUGAAGAGAGAGGAAUUACUGGUGUUUCUUACCUGAGGAAACUGUACGUGACUGUUGAUGGCAUCACUGUGACACUGAUGAAAAACAAGAGAACUCUGGUGAAUGGACUCAGGGUGUCUCUUCCUCACUCCCCAUCUCCACUCAUUUCGCUGUCUAUUGCUGGACAGUAUGUUAUUCUCACAACUCCAUUUGGCCUGAAGGUGCAGUGGGAUGGAAACCAUUACGCCAAGAUCUCAGUUCCUAGUUCCUACUAUGACCAGAUGUGUGGCCUGUGCGGGGACUAUGAUGGAAACCCCAACAAUGAUUUCACUAAGCCAGAUGGCUCCCAAACCGACAGCUCAAAUCAGUUUGGUGACAGCUGGCAAACUGAUGAGGAUGAGGAUGCAACGUGCAAGCCGGACCCCGGGCCUCAACCACCCUGCGAUCCUGUGCUGGAGGGUGUGGUGUCAAACCCAGAGAACUGUGGGAGAAUAACUGACACAAACGGAGCAUUUAGGGACUGCAUAAAUGUGGUGGACCCGUUGCCUUUCUUCCAGAGCUGUGUGUUUGAUAUGUGCCGUUACCAGGGACUGCAGCAUGUUCUUUGUGACCAGCUUCAGGCUUACACUGAUGCUUGUCUGAGUGCAGGUGCUCCUGUCCAUCAGUGGAGGGAGCCAGAUUUCUGCCCUCUGGAAUGUCCUCCAAACAGCCAUUACUCCAUAUGUGUGAGCUCCUGUCCAGAGACAUGUCUGGGUAUCAAUGGACCCCCGGGCUGCAGUGAGAAGUGUGUUGAAGGCUGUGAGUGCGACCCUGGCUUCAUCCUCAGUGACAACAAAUGUGUGCCUCUUAAAGACUGCGGCUGUGUGGACUCCUCAGGCUCCUACCAUCCAGUAAAUGAGAGCUGGUAUCUGGAGGGAUGUACACAGAAGUGUACAUGUGAGGGUGGAGGAAAUAUUCACUGUUACAACACCAGCUGUCUUCCUACUGAGAGCUGCCAACUUCAAGAUGGAGACUAUGGCUGCAAACCACUUGGCACAGGCAUUUGCUCAGUUUCCGGUGACCCUCAUUAUAACACCUUUGAUGAUAAAGUACAUCACUUCAUGGGCGCCUGUUCCUACACUCUUACUAAGCCCUGUAAUGAGACCACAGGCUUGCCAUACUUUUCUGUAGAGACGCAGAACGAGCACAGAGACAAUAAUAAGAAAGUGUCUUAUGUAAGAUCUGUCAUCAUCAACGUGCAUGACACAACCAUCAUUUUGGGCAAGGGGCGCAAAGUUCAGGUGAAUGGAGUUCAGGUCACUGUGCCUGUCACACUCUCAAAUGGUGUUAAGAUCUUCCUAAGUGGCAAAUUUGUGGUGCUCGAGACAGACUUCGGAUUGCGUGUCCGUUUUGAUGGAAACCAUCAUGCAGAUGUCACCCUGCCUUCGUCCUACAGCGGACUGUUAUGUGGACUCUGUGGAAAUUAUAAUGGUAAUCCUAAGGAUGACAACAUCAAGCCAGAUGGAACACCAACAGACAGCACCAAUGAGCUUGGAGAAAGCUGGCAGGUGCCUGACGACAGACCAGACUGUACUCAUGGUGGUGGAGACAUUGAAUGUGAUGACAAGAUUGAGAGUGAAGCACAGAAACCAACUAGCUGUGGCAUGAUCACCGACCCCAAUGGAAUCUUCAAGCCAUGUCAUGCAGUGGUGCCUCCUGGUCCUUACUUUGAGAACUGUGUGUUUGAUCAGUGUGGCACUGGUGGAGCCACAGUGGCACUGUGCCAAGCUAUUCAAAGCUAUGCUGACCUGUGCGCUCAAGCUGGGGUGCCAAUUAACUGGAGGAAUAACACCUUCUGUCCUAUUAAAUGUCCAGUUGGUAGUCACUAUGAGCCAUGUGGUUCAGCAUGUCCAGCCAGUUGUCAGGACCCUGGAUCUGAAGGCACCUGCUCUGAGCCCUGUGUUGAGGGAUGUGUGUGUGACCCUGGUUUUGUCCUCAGUGGAGAUAAGUGUGUGCCCUUCAGCGAAUGUGGUUGCACUGACAAAGACAACAACUAUAGGCCUGUUGGAGACAGCUGGUUCACAAAGGAUGAUUGCACAGAGCGCUGUGUUUGUUCACCUUUCAAUACAGUGACAUGUGAAGCAUGGAAAUGUGGUCCCGCUCAGGAAUGCAAGGUCAAUGAUGGAGAACUAGGCUGUGUGAAUACAGGAGUGGGCAUUUGUCACAUUGCUGGUGAUCCUCACUACUACACUUUUGAUGGCAUCAUGCACACAUACAUGGGUACCUGCACUUACACGCUGGUGGCGAUAUGCGACACCUCUAUGGUGACACCCUUCACCAUUGUGGCCAAAAAUGAAGAGCGCGGCCAACCAGAAGCUUCAUACGUUCGCUCUGUGACUGUCUACCUGCCCACUGCCAACAUCACCAUCAGCAAGAAUGGAAGAGUACUGGUGAAUGAACGCAGGAUAAAGACCCCCUAUGACAUCAGUUCCGCCAAGGCUCGGGUGUUCACCAGUGGAGUAAACACCGUACUGGAUACUGACUUUGGCCUGAUUGUAAAGUUUGAUGGAGUGCACCAUAUUGAAAUCACAGUGCCUGGAGACUAUUUCAACAAGGUAUGUGGAAUGUGUGGUAACUAUAAUGGAGAUUCUUCUGAUGACAACCUAAUGCCUAAUGGCAAACCAGCCAGUAAUGUCACAGAGCUUGGUAACAGCUGGAAGGCAGAAGGAGAUAGUGAUCCUGGGUGCAAACCUGAUGAACGGCCUGAUGACAAACCCAACUGCAACGAGAAUGAGGAAGAAAUGUACAAGGCACAGUGUGCGGCAUCUAUCUUGUCCGAUCUCUUCAAGCCCUGUCACUCUCUUAUUCCUCCAGAAGCUUUUCUGGGGAACUGCAUCUAUGACAUGUGCGAGUACGAUGGCAUGCAGUCGACUCUGUGCGAUAACAUUGAAGCUUACGCCCAGGCCUGUCAUAGCGCUGGAGUCAUGAUCAGCUGGAGAAACAGCACCUUCUGUCCUCUCCCGUGCCCACCAAACAGUCAUUAUUCUGAGUGCACACCACCAUGUCCUCCUACUUGUGCCGAUCUCUUCCCCAUAUUCUGCCCAUUACCACCUAAUAGUUGUGUCGAAGGCUGCCAGUGCAAUGGAGGUUUUGUGCUAAGUGAUGGCAAGUGUGUUCCCCUCUCAAGCUGUGGAUGUGUUGACAGCGAUGGAGAGUAUCAUGACGUGGGAGAUUCGUGGAUAACUGACCACUGUGAACAGAGAUGCAGCUGCAGCCAUGGAGGAGUGCUGUCCUGCACGUCUUUUGAAUGCAAUGACAACUCAAUCUGUGAUCUUGACAGCAAUGGAGACCGUUACUGCAAACCUGAGAAGUUCGAUGACUGCAAUAUUGCUGGGGACCCUCACUAUCGUACCUUUGACAGAUACAAUCACCACUACCAGGGAGCUUAUACCUAUGUAAUAACUCAGACCACCGCUCUGCCCAGCUAUCUCACCCCUUUUUCUGUCCGUGGCAAAAACCAGCGUCAGGGAGGCAUCAGCCGGGUAUCGCUCCUGCGCGAGGUCUAUGUGGACGUGUACGGCAUUACUGUUCGCAUGCAGCAGAAGAAGAAAGUGCUGGUCAAUGAAGAGAAAGUUGGUCUACCAUACAGUCCUGUGCGCGGAGUUAACAUAAAGACAAAGUCCCGAUAUGUGAUGCUCACAACUGACUUUGGCCUGUCGGUGCGCUUCGAUGGCAAUGCUCAAGCAGUGGUGACUCUGCCAAGUGUAUACAGAUCUCGUGUUCUCGGGCUGUGCGGUAAUUACGAUGGAAACAACCGUAACGAGUACACAAAACCAGACGGCACAGUCACUCGCAACCUCAAUGAGUUUGGAGACAGCUGGAGAGUGACCGACAGACAGGCGGGUCUUCGUACCACAUCUCUGCCAAACAUGGUGCACCUACACAAGCGUGAAGUGGAGGCCGAUCCAGAUUCAGGGUUUGAUACAACGGGCUGCACAAACGCUCUGCUGGAAGAGCUGAACGGGAACAAAAAGUGUGGGGCUCUCAGUGACCCUGCUGGUUUUUUCUCUGCCUGUCAUGAUGUGAUCGCUCCAGAUGUCUUCCAGGAGGAUUGUGUGUUUGACCUAUGCGCCGAGCAGGGCAGUGAAGAGCUGCGCUGUGAAAAUUACGCCGUCUACGCUCGGGCCUGCCAAGAUCAGGGUGUCGUACUAGGGCUGUGGAGACAAGAACUGAAUUGCGGUCUACAAUGUGGGCCUAACAGCAUUUACUCCAGUUGUAUGACUCCAUGCCCAGCGACCUGCUCAGACCUGGCGGCCCCCUCUGAGUGUGAGCAGACACAGUGUGUGGAGGGAUGUCAGUGCGCCCCCGGCUUUGUCCUGAGCGACCAAGACUGUGUGCCUUACAGCGACUGUGGAUGCACUUUUCUCGAUCGCUACUAUCUGCUGAAGGAGACAUUCUCGACAGAGGAUUGUUCACAGAGUUGUGAAUGUAGUACCACUGGUGCGGUGUGUCAAGCAAGGGGCUGUGGAGACAACGAGAUCUGCACUGUGUUCGACACCAAACGUGACUGUUAUAAAUCGACUCCAUGUUUGAGCUCGCCCUGUCAGAAUGAUGGUACCUGUCAAGAUAAAGCAGAUGGCUCUGGUUAUACGUGCACUUGCGCUGAAGGUUUUGCGGGCACAAACUGUGAGAUCUUUGCAACCCCCGAGGGAGGCCUGGAUCAAACAACUAUUAUCUUGAUUGGAGUCCUCGUGCCGCUUGCCGUCAUCCUCUUAGUCAUAGCAAUUGUGUGCAUUUACAAGAAGUGCAGCGGCAAAAGGAUGAGUUAUGAUUCAAGUAAAUUUGAGCUGAGCAAAAAGACAGAUCAUCCUUAUGAAACUCUAGAUGAGGUGAAGAAGCAGGAAACAGACAACAGUGUACUGAAGGCUACUACUUUCUAAAGCAAAACCUUUUUGACAAUGAUUUGAUAACCAGAUUUUGUUUGUAUUUAUUCAUUUUAAAUGUCUUUGUGGAAUAUGUGAACUAACUGGCAAAUAUGUUAAUAUUUUACAUUUUACAAUUUUUCAGUAACUUAUUUGUAAACUUCAUUGUAAUUUUUGGUGUAAGCUGUAUUUUGAUUUGGGGAAUGAGUGCAUUUAUCAAAUGUCUAUGAACAUCUGAUGUAAAAUAAAUUAUUUUUUCUUCUGAAAAAUAUAAAUGUUCAAUAUUUUAAAUGAGUGUUCAAGACAAUUUAUGCCUUAGCUGCUUUUAUUUAACUUGUUCAAGUGCAAUAACCGACAACAUUUCCUCUGAACACUUUUGUUAACACUUCAAACAGCAAUUAAAAGGCAUAUAUAAACAAACAAAAAAAAGUGCAAAGCAGAAGUUCAUAGAAGAGUAUAGUCAAAAUUGUCUUGUUUGAACAGCUAUCUAAAUGAUUGAGUUCCACAAAGGCGUUCCACCUGAAGAGCUUCUUGGCAGGUCUUGGCGAUUCAAAAACCCAAAACAAAAAGUCAGAACAAACAAUACAAGCGCAAUACUCAACAUGUACUUGCUCUGAUACCUUUUGUAUGAUUUCUAACCUCAAGCUAUUUAUACAGACUUGUGAAUAAAUAGUAAAUCCAGUGUG